AUGCUCAACUAUCUGUAUCAUUUUGUUGCUCGUGUCAUGUCUCCCCUGAUCUUCAACGGCGAGUCUUCGCCAGUCUCGGAGGGUUCAGCAGACCCUAAGUCACUGCCAACCCAAAAUGAUGAUCUGCUCAACGAGCUGGCGAGUUCCAUUUCGUCCAAUGCUCAGAUUGUGAGCACUUUUCUACAUUCUGAGGGUCACCAGGCGCCGUCAUUCAACCGCGAUGCUGCUUCAACAGUAGUUCCCGCUACCGCUCCCACUGAUGUCCAGAAAGCACGCGAGGCGCUGCUGGAGGCAUCAAUGAAGAUGUUUCAGCUUGCAUCAGGACCCAGAGAGUAUUUACCUAACCUGGCAGUGAAUUACCAAUAUCUGUCGUGUCUCCACUGGUUGAUUCAUUUCGGUAUUUUUUCACGGGUUCCCUCGACUGGAUCAAUUACCUAUUCCGAGCUGGCAGCUGAUGCCGGGGUCCCUGAGCGAACACUGAAGACUGUAGCACGUAUGAUCAUGACCAGUCAAGUCUUUUACGAGCCCCAGCCAGGUAGCAUCGCACACACGGCGACUUCAGCGCAGUUCGUGACCAACCAAAGUUUGAGCGACUGGGCUCAGUUCAUGUGCGAGGCCUCCGUACCGGCUGCGUUGAGUCUGGUUGUUGCUACAGAGCGAUGGCCGACUAGUCAAUCGCGUACCGAGACGGCCUAUAAUGUCGCCGCCAACACCGACUUGCCGUUCUUUGAUCACUUGGCCACGCUACCCGAGCGAACUAGACAGUUUGCCGGAUACAUGAAGAACGUAACUAGCAGUGAAGGUACUAAGCUUGACCACCUGCUCUCUGGCUUCAACUGGGCGGGACUUGGAUCAGCGAAGAUCGUGGAUGUCGGAGGCUCCACCGGAAAUGCAGGGAUGGCGCUAGCAACUUCGUUCCCAGAGCUGAACAUCACUGUCCAAGACCUCCCUGAGAACGCCGCUGAAGGGGCCGCAACGUUGAAGCCCGAGCUAGCGUCUCGUGUUACUUUCCAAGCACACGAUUUCUUCCAGCCACAGCCAGUCAUCGGGGCUGACAUUUACUUGCUCCGCAUGAUCUUGCACGACUGGGCUAUACCCGAGGCUGUGCGGAUACUGCAGCAACUAGUCCCGGCGAUGCGUCGGGGUUCGCGAAUCGUCAUCAUGGACUCGGUCUUGCCGCGCCCUGGGUCCAUAGCGUCAACUAAGGAGCGGCUCCUUCGUGUGCGCGAUUUAACCAUGCUGCAAGUCUUUAACAGUUGUGAGAGAGAUCUGGAUGAUUGGAUUCAUUUGUUGAGUCUUGCCGAUAAACGGCUCCGACUCACGGAUGUGGCGCAGCCUCGGGGUAGUGUCAUGUCACUUCUGACUGUUAGUCUUGAUUAG